UUUAUUCUUCCUUCUAAACAGUAAUUGAAGUUAACUCUCGAGUUACGCCGCGUUAAUUAAUGUAGAAAUAGUCUCGAGCGAGAACGCACGCGCAGUGAAAUACCGUUCAAUAUAAACAUCUUAUAUUGGCUGAUACGUUAGAUAGCUGUGCGUUUAGUGUGUUGUUAUUUCUACAUAUUUACGAGAAUAUUUAAAUCCUAUACACAAUAAUGGCUGAAGCAGGAAAUACAUCGGAAGGGAAACGGAAUAUUAUGAUUGCUAUGGAUGGUAGUAAACACGCAGUUUUUGCCUUUGAAUGUUUUGUGGAGAAUAUAUACCGUGAGGGGGACAAUGUGAUAAUGGCUCAUUGUGCUGAACAUUCGAUUAAUCUGCCAGCUACAAUGUUAAAGGCUGACAGCGCAGCUGAAUUAGAAUCUUUGAUGAAACAACACGAAGAGAAGUUAUCUAAAACAUUUCAAUUUAUUGACGAUUUAGCAAACAAACACAAAAUUAAACAUACUUUAGAAUGUUUGAAUGGAUCGCCAGGCGAGUCAUUAGUAAAAGCAGCGGAACAACAGAACGUUGAUUUGAUAAUUGUCGGAAGUCGUGGUCACGGUACAAUACGCCGCACGGUGAUGGGAUGCACGAGCGACUAUGUUGUACAUCACUCCCGCGUUCCUGUGAUGGUGUGUAAACACGAGGACGAACAUCAUAAACUCAAAUAAUACAGCAAAACUUAACAUUGACUCUAAAUAUUUCACCAACACCCUGCGUUAUUUAUGUAAUGAGCGCGCCCUCUAUUGACAAUUAAAGUUUACUAUUAAACAUUAUGUAUUACGUUGACAUAUGGAUUGGUUUAGAGCUGUGUAGUUAUAUGUAUAUGUGGUUAUUUUAUCAUAUCACAGAGAAUAAUAAAGAUAAAUGAUUUAAAACAUU